AUGUUUACCUCACUGGGCCAGGCGCCCACCCCGACCCGCGAGCAAUUCCUCGACAGCCUGGUGAUAGUCAACCCGAAGGACAUUCCCUCCGAGCAGGACACCUGCCCGAUCUGCUGUACUGAAUACGAAGUUGAUCCCAAUAGCCCGGUGCGCGCCUCGACCUGCCCGCACUUUUUCCACAGGGAGUGCGUGAAUGGCUGGGUGUAUAACGGAAACGGGAACACGUGCCCUAUGUGCCGGCAGCGCUGGUGCAAGAAGGAAGUCUCGGACGAGUCCGUAAUUGACGACGACGAGUCGGACACGGAGACGGAUGACACUAUUGCGGCCUUCACCGAGAUCAUCGGCCGCUUCAACCCCUACGCCGACCUCAACAACUCCGCCGAUGUUCAGCAGAUUUACGCGAUCCUCGACGAGCUGUAUGCCCUCACCUCCCGCCCUAAUUGGACGGAAGAGCUGCACGCCGCCUUCGACGCGUUUGUGGACGGCGUGCGAUUCACGCUCGACAACUUCCGCAGCGGAGACCGGCUCUCAGAGAUCAUGCAGUUCGUUCUAGCCGACGAAGUCCCUGGACGUGACCCCCGGAGCCAGGGAUACCCGCGCCCCGCACCCGACGCUGCAGACCUGCCCCAAGGCCGCCGCACGCUGCCCGUGUCUGAGGACUUCCCGGCGGCGCGCGACACGCGCUUCUACCCCUUCGAGCCCGCCCUCGAGGACAUGGGCCAAGAUGACGUUACCCGCAAUUUACGCGUCUGGGAGCUCUCCGUCGUGCCCGACACCAUGAGCGAGUGGAUCACUAUCCGUGCCGACGGCUUUGACCUGAGCUUCGCUAGCCUGGUGAACGAGUGGCUGUACCGCCAGGGCCGGUGGCCCAACGCUGAAUCUACCCUGCUGCGGAGUAUGCACGACUACUUGGUCCAGUGGGCGUGGAUGCAUGACGGACAGGUCUGGCAGAUCGGCCAGAUCCAUGACGUGUUUAUGGGACUCGCUGAACGGGUCUUUGUCAACUGUGGGUACACUCGUACUGACAUGGAUGCAGAGAUGAGGAUAGACGGCGUGCCUAUGAGCAUUUUCUCCAUCUUCAAGGGGCUUAUGUUUGAUGCCUUUGGCGCUAUGUUGUGCUUCCGGCUGGUGCGCGAGAUCGAAGUGUUCGGACAUCUGCUCCCUGGUCCUGCGUACGAGAAGCGAUAUGGUAUCUGGGGCGAAGUUGAAGACGGGGUUUGGACGAGGCUCGAGUAA